GCUUGGGAGAGAUAGAGAGAAAGAGAGAGAGAAGGAGGGAGGGAGGGAGAGAGAGAAGGAGAGCUUGGGCACUACAGGCAGCUGCAGCAGCAGGCUGGCAGGAAGCACGCGGAACGUGGAGGAGGAGGAGGAGAAGAAAAAGAGGAAGAAGAGGACAGAGGAGCGGAGAGAGAGCGAGAGCGAGAGCGACAGAGGACGGCAUUUGCGUUUCUGAUUUUCUUUCUUCUCCCAGCUGUUGGGGCAGAGAGUGAGAGAGAGAGCGCAGUGCCUGUGGAUUUCUUCUUCCUCCUCUCGAUCCUGUCACUCCUCCUCUUCUUCUUCUGCAAUCUUUUGUCUCGGUUUCAUUCUUUCAUUCUCAUAUCAGCCUUGCCUUUUUUUAAACCCUGGCGCCUUCUGAAGCUUCUCUAUAUGCCUGCGCUGUGCAGGAGGGAUGCUAGGGGGUAGAGGAAGAGAGCCUGGAGUCAAGACCAAUCAGAAAGCCGAGGGCGCUAAGACCUACACACCAGCUGAGGCUGCCAAGGGCACCGGCACAGUAGCUGCAGCCGCCACAGCAGCCGCCACAGCCGACAACAUGGCAGCCAAGAGGGGCGGCAAGCCGGGCAUUGCGGGUGGCGUGGGUGGUGGCACCAGCGGUGUCCCACGCAGCGAGCUGAGGGUGUACCGGGCCGGGAGCUCCGACACCGGUCGCCUACCGGUGCCCACCAACCUCCGCAAGCAGCGUUCCCUCACCAACCUGGCCGUGAUGACGGACGCCGAGAAGAAGAUGCAGCUGUACGAGCCCAAGUGGUGCGAUGACAUGGGCAAGCCUGGUGCCGGCGGCAGCGGGUCAGGACGAGGUGGCUAUAGAGGAAGAGCGGCGGGCGCAGGUGGAGGAGUAGGGGGCGGCGGACCUGGAGGAGGCGGAUCGCAGCUCUCGCGGAACCUGUCCAAGUCGGAGCACUCGCUCUUCCAAGGCAAACCCAAGCCGUUCAGCGCCCUGCCGACCCCCACCGCGCCGGGCAAGGGCCAGAGCCGCAUCCCGCGCGGGCCGUACGCCGAGGUCAAGCCCCUCAGCAAGGCCUCCGAGGAGUCUGGGAAGUCCGACGACGACCUCCUCACCGCCAAGGCCAAGGCCGCCGAGGGUGCCAAGAAGGGGGCCGCCGUCGCCCCUAGCGACGCCGAGGGCAAAGGUCAAGCGGAGGAAGGUGGAGGUGGAGAUAGGGGAUUCCUUAAAGUGGACCCGGAGCUGGUGGUCACUGUGCUGGGAGACCUGGAGCAGCUGCUGUUCAGCCAGAUGCUUGACCCAGAGUCUCAGAGGAAGAGGACUGUCCAGAAUGUUCUGGAUCUCAGACAGAACCUGGAGGACACCAUGUCCAGUCUACGGGGAACCCAACUCAGCCACAGCUGCAUGGAGAGCAGCGUGUGCUACGACAGCGACGAGACCAACGCCCGCAGCCUCUCCAGCCUGUCCAACCGCUCGUCCCCGCUCUCCUGGCGUCACGGCCAGUCCAGCCCGCGCCUGCAGGCCGGCGACGCCCCCUCCUCGACAGGCGGCGGGGGAGUCGGUGGCGUAGGUGGAGGAGGUGGAAUAGGAGGAGGAGGAGGAGGCAGCAUCAGCGGUCGUAGCCAGUACACGUCCCACACCAUGCCCUCUCGCUGCACCAGCCGCCUCAGCCGAUCCUCCCAGCUGGAGCUGCUGGAGAGCCUGGACGGGGACAUGAAGUCCGGAUACCUGAGCGACAGCGACCUGCUCAGCAAGAGCCUGCACGACGACAUGGAUGACGACGAUGACAACCUGGCCAAUGGCUGGGAUGAGAGCAGCUCCAUCAGCAGUGGCCUGAGCGACGGCUCCUGCAACCUGAGCUCCGAGGACCUCAACGCAAGCUCCUCCCUCAACUCCCUCCCGACCACGCCCACCGGCUCACACCGCAACACCUCCAUCAUGCUGCGCACGGACGCGGAGAAGCGCUCGCUGGUGGAGAGCGGCCUGGCCUGGUACAGCGAGGACGCCAAGGUGGCGCACAAGCUGGAAAGAGGCGGCGCCUACGACACGGGCAGCCUGAAGGCGGAGCCAACCAGCCACCGCUGGAAGAAGAGCCGGCCACUAGAGGGCGUCGGGGGUCCCGAGAAAAGUGGCGGUGGCAGCGGCGAGAUGAGGAAACCCCAGAGUCUGGGCCAGCCGGGUAGCUUCAAGAAGGGACGCAACCCCCCCAUAGGUGUCACCUCCCCCAUCACACACACCUCGCAGAGCGUGCUGAAGGUGGCAGGAGCUCCAUCAAAGCCUGACUCAAAGCCUAUGGAUAAAUCCAAGAUGGUGAUCAAGGGCACUGGCCUACAGCGUUCCUGUUCGGACGCGGGUCGGGACCGGGGCGAGCACCGCAAGCCCCCCUCGGGCCUGGUCAAGCCCUCCGCCGGCGGCUCCUUCGGCUACAAGAAACCGCCUCCCGCUACCGGCACCGCCACCGUUCUCACAGCAGGGGGCAGCACCAUCUCCAGCGGCUCGGCCACUGUUGGCAAGACGCCCAGGUCCUCAGGGAUCCCCAUCAAGCCGGUGGGGAUGUCUGGCAUAGGCGGCGGCGGCGUGGGGGGCUUAGCCGCGGGCACCGGAGGACGCAAGAACAGCUUCGACGCCUCCAGCUGUCUGGAACAGGGCUUCAUGUCCCCCAACGCCCGCAGCAGCAUCCAGUACCGCAGCCUGCCGCGGCCCGCCAAGUCCAGCGCCAUGAGCCUGACGACCGCGGGACCGCGGCCCUCCGCCGCCUCUCGCCCCCCCAUCAGCGGAACCGCCGUCGACAGCGGCGGCCUGCUCGCCCUGAAGCCCAUGCCGGCCUCGCCCAUCCCCGGUACCGGGUCUGUGGGCCGCGGGGGCAAGAUGCGGAGCAGCAGCACCAGUGCCGCCGGCGUCGGCGCCGGGGGUCCGGUGAACCAGACGGACCGUGAGAAGGAGAAGGAGCGGGCCAAGGCCAAAGCGGACCUGCUGGACAGCGUGGGGCUGAAGGGAGGCCUGCAGCUGGACUCCGGCUCUGGAGACAGAGACAGCAGCCUGCCCAAAGGACACAGCUUCAGGAGAGCCAGCUCCAGCAAGUACCCCGAGCUCUCCUCGCCCACCACUCAUAGUGUCAAGUCUCUGGGCAUGGUCCAUCCUCCUCACCUGGCCCACCUGGACAAGGUCAACUCCAACAGCCUGGACUCAUGCAUCUCCAUCCAGGACCUGCCCCCCAAGAUCCCGCCCUACUCCAAGCUGCAGGACCUGGCUGGCUCCUCCUCCAUGUCCCCGUCCUCUUCCUCAUCCUCUACCAAUGCAGGGCCCUCCCUCUCGCCCCGCCUCACGCCCAGCCCCGCCCCCUUGCUCCACAUCGAUUCGCCGGGCUGCUUCUCGGGGGCGUCGCUCAGCCUGAGCGGCACCCCUCUGCUGUACCCGCGCAUGUCCGGCCUCCACCGCAGCAUGGAGGCGCUGCCCAUGCACAUGAGCCUGCCGCCCAGCGCCGAGCUCACGCCGUUACCAAGGCAACACGACGACGCCAAGGCCACGGGCACCUGGGGCUCGGCCAGCCGAUCGUCAGCCAAUCUCUCUGACAGCCACCAGACAGCCUCGAAUACUUUGCCGAAGAAAGGCUUCAGUUGUUAUGACUCCCCUGGACGUGAGGGGAAGGAGCGGCGUCACUCCCAUAAUGUCGUGAGCAUGACGGAGUCCGACAGCCCCCCCCAGCUGCCCUCCCCCACCCACAUCACACACUGCUACAUCGGGAAAACACCACCCACCAACAUUGUGGCUCCCAUUCCGAGUGUGGGCGGGACUCCACGCAUCUCGCGCUCCAACAGCAUUCCGACCAAUGAGGCGGCUUAUGACCUGUACGGCUCCUCCCCACUGGGUAGCUCGGUCUCCCUAGCUGACCGGCCCAAGAGCAUGAUGCGCUCCGGAUCGUUCCGUGAGCCUGGGGAAGACGUUCACGGUUCUGUGCUGUCGCUAGCAUCCAAUGCUUCAUCCAACUAUUCCUCAACGGAGGAGAGAAUGCAGGGAGAGCAAAUUCGAAAGUUGCGACGGGAGUUAGAAUUCUCCCAGGAGAAGGUGGCGAACCUGACCAAUCAGCUCUCAGAGAACGCAAAUUUGGUCGCUGCAUUCGAGCAGAGCCUGCAACUCAUGACCUCACGUCUGCAAAGCCUCUCCGUCACCUCGGAACAGAAGGACACUGAGCUUUCGGAUCUGAAGGAGACCAUUGAGACCCUGAAGGCCAAGAACACAGAGGCAUCUGUCAUCAUCCAGGGAGCACUCAACGUCCCCGAGAGCGCUCCUAGAGAGUUGAGGAUCAACAGGCAGAACUCGUCUGAGAGCAUCUCUAGUCUGAACAGCAUCACCAGCCACUCGAGUGCAGGCAGCCUGAAGGAGCAAGACCCCAAGAAGAAGAAGAAGAAGAGCUGGUUGAGGAGCUCCUUCAACAAGGCCUUCAGCAAGAAGGGUUCGAAGCUCUCGGCCUCCUACGCAGACAUAGAGGAGAUCGCCACCCCGGAGUCGUCGGCCCCGUCUUCCCCCAAACUGCACCAUGACCCAGAGAACCCUCCGGCCUCCCUCAAGGCCCCCACCUCCAUCUCAGCCAUGGCCUCCACCGCAGCCAUGAUCUCAGCCCCAAUCAUGACCUCAGCCUCAGCCUCAGCCUCAGCUUCAGCCUCAGUCUCAGUCUCACCCUCGGCUUUAUCAGCAGGGACAUAUGAGGAAGGAGAGGGUGGUGAUGGGGAGGAGAAGGUGGUGUCAGAGCUGCGCUCGGAACUCUGGGAGAAGGAGCGGAAGCUGACGGACAUCCGACUGGAAGCAUUGAGCUCCGCCCACCAACUUGAGCAACUGCGGGAUGCCAUGACCAAUAUGCAGGUGACGGUGGAGAAGCUGAAGGCUGAGAAUGACCAGCUGAAGACAGGAGGCCCCUCCUCCAGACCCCCAAGCUCCACCUCCCAGUCCUCAGGCCUCGGGUCAUUGGGCGGCUUGUCGCCACGGCAAUCGGUCGUCCCAUCAUCACUACCCAAAACAUUCAGCAUGAGCCUAGGAGAGAGUGGAGGGCCAGAUGUGUUUGCUUCUGAUUCCCUGGGUUACCUGGUCCAGAAGGAUGAAGGUCAGAUCAGGGUGUGUGUUCGGGUUCCAGACCAGCAAGUCUUCAAAGAGGAGACCAAGCAGCAGAACUUCUACAUCGGAUGGGUCCGCAUCAACGCCAGAACAGAGUGGCCCUCUCUGGACUCGUCUAUUUGCAAGAUCUUCAGGGACUACCUAUCCCUGUUGGACCCUAGCUCAAGCUUGGGCCUGUCCUCCGACUCCAUCUUCAGCUACAGCGUGGGACACAUCCGGAGGAUGAUGGGGGUGGAGCCACCAGAGACCGCCCCUCACCGCUGCCUCACCAAGAGCUCCAACAGUGUCAUUCUGACCAUCAAAGGUCUGCGUGAGAAGUGUGUGGACUGCGUGGUGUUUGAGACGCUGGUGCCCAAGGCCAUGAUGCAGCACUACAUCAGCUUGCUGCUGAAGCACCGGCGCAUCGUGCUGUCGGGCCCCAGCGGCACGGGCAAGUCCUACCUGGCCUCCCGCCUCACUGAGUACCUGGUGGAGCGCAGCGGGCGAGAGCCCUCUAACGCCAUCGCCAUCAACUUCAACAUGCACCGCCAGUCCUGCAAGGACCUGCAGCUCUACUUGUCCAACUUGGCCAAUCAGAUCGACCGUGAGACCAGCAGCGCUGAGAUCCCAUUGGUUGUGAUCCUCGAUGACGUCCAUGACGCUGCCUCCAUCAGCGAGCUGGUCAACGGUGCCCUGACCUGCAAAUAUCAUAAAUGCCCAUACAUCAUUGGAACCACAAAUCAGCCCGUGAAGAUGACCCCCAAUCACGGCCUCCAUCUAAGCUUCAGAAUGGUGACAUUCUCCAACAACGUGGAACCGGCCAAUGGCUUCCUGGGCCGCUACCUGCACAGGAAGCUGGUGGAGGCGGAGGACCCGCGUAGCCUGGCCAACGACAACCUGCUGCGCGUGUUGGACUGGGUGCCCAAGCUCUGGUACCACCUCCAUGCCUUCCUGGAGAAGCACAGCACCUCCGACUUCCUCAUCGGGCCCUGCUUCUUUCUGUCCUGUCCUGUGACCAUUGAUGAGUUCCGCUCCUGGUUCAUCGACCUGUGGAAUCACUCCAUCAUCCCCUACCUGCAGGAAGGAGCCAAGGACGGCAUGAAGGCCCACGGACCAAAGGCGGCGUGGGAGGACCCGGUGGAGUGGGUGCGUGGCUCUCUCCCGUGGCCCUCAGCCCAGCAGGACCAGGCCAAGCUCUUCCACCUGCCGCCCCCCGCCAUGGGCCCCGGCAGCCCUGGCCAGCUGGGGGACGAGCGGCCCCACAAGGAGACCCCGCCCAGCGCCAGCGGUGCAGAGUCCGACCCCCUGAUGGCAAUGCUGUUGAAACUGCAAGAGGCGGCCAAUUACAUUGAGUCUCCAGAGAGGGAGAUGGACCACAAGCUCCCCAUGCUCUGAGAUCCUUAUACUGGGGAGAUGAUGGAGUGCCAGCACUGGGCCAGACUGGGCCCGGACAGGAGCCACACAUGAGCCGAAUCCACCUGCCAGUCAGGCGUCUCUCUCACAGAUGCAGUAUGCGAUAUGUUGGGUUUUUUUUUCUUGCUUGUUUCUCAAAACUUUUGUUGAUAAUUCAGCCUGGCCAAGAUUUUUUUUUUCUCAGCUCGAGCAUGUACGCACAUUUGGGUUUGUUUUUGUGUUCCUGCUAUUUAUUUAUCACUUGGAACAACCGAUAAACAUGAAAUCAGUAAAAUCAGAGAAAUUAUUUAGGAAUGACUCUGCAUCUGACGCCUGCCCCCUGCUUUGGAAUCGGCUCAGUUGGAGGCUCACCCCACACAGUGCCAGAACACGGCAGCUGUCCUCCGGCCCUGACCCGGCGCUGAUCUGGCCCUGACCCGGCCCUGACCUGGCCCGGUCCUGCUCACUGAACUCAGAAGGCCUGAACUUAAAGGAACUCUUUUGGAAUUCAUAAUUGUGUGUCUAUCAGUGCAUUCAGUGCAUUGUUGUACUGUGUCAUCGCGUCGUGUGAAUUGCAGAUGUCUAUUUACCUUUGGACAUACCGUAUGAUUCCCAUUCCUCUUUGACUCCUCUUGUUUUCAACCAUGUCAUUCAUUCAUCAGUAUAUGUUUACAUUUCUCACAGUUGUAAAUAUGAUACUGAAACUACCUAUGCUCUAUGUCCACCCAUGUCCAUUGUCCAUCCAUUGGACAUAGACACAUUUUGCUUUCUUUUGGGCAGAAUAUACGUACAUCAGUUGUGUUGCAGUCUACAGCAUCACACCUACCCAAGGAGGAGUCUUCAUUUUAAAACUUGCUGGCCUCUUCUAACCUAAAGAAACAAACCGGUGCUACUUGACCCAUCACCAUGUAAACGCAACUUGUUCUGCUCAGGAAGGGACGAAAAACCUGUUCAUGCUGAGAACAAAACAAAAAAAAUCUGAAGCACAGCUGUACUGUACCUGUGAUGUGUAAGUCAAAACAUAUCCAGAGCCCUCUCUCCAUUAAUAUAUCAAUUUUCCAAGUACGUACAUUUGGUUGAAUGUCCAGUUACAGGCAAACAAAGAUCCAGCCCAAGCCAACACUUCACAUAAUAAUACAUAUAUCGUAUAUAGUAUAUAUGCAGAAUUCUGGUGAUUCAGAUGAUCCUCAGUCAGGUUAUGGCACUUGGUCUGGUGCUCACGUCACGCUACAAACAAAAUGCCUUAAAACCUCCACUAAUUGUCUGGCAUCACUCCGCUGAGGCAGAGAGCGCUGGUGCCUGGGCAUACAGUAGGCUACUACAGUGCAAUGUGUGUGAGCAGUGAGCAGCUGUUCCUCGAGAGGACAGUGCUCUGCAGAUAGAGUUUGCACAGCACAGUGGGGAGUGAAAGUCAGAGGAAGGACAGUAGGCCUAGUCUAGUGCCCACUUGGGAUCUGCAGGUCUUGCUGAAACCUGCAGGGGGCAGUACAGGUGCCAAUUUGCCCAUUGCUAUCUAAAUUUGAAGCUGACUUUUUUUGACAAUUAGGACUGUCCAAUCAGUGCUGGCAAAAGUGUUGGCAACGUUCAUUUUAAUAUACAGAGACCAAUAGGCAGGUGAAAUGAAUAUGUGUCUGAGAAUAGGACGUUCUUAUUACCGCUGAAUCGGUUUGAAUGUUGAUAAAAAGAGUUUAUUGCAGUACAGUAUAUAGCGAAGAGAUUAGCCAAAUAGACACAUUUUAUAUCACUACAGGCAUGGAGCUGAGCUGCAGAUGAGGACAUUUUUAAUGAUUUGUCUCCUUAGGUCAGAUAAAUAAAUAUAGGGUAUCUCAGGCUUUUAUGUUACAGUCAAACCACUUCAACAGACCAAAUAGCCUACGAUAUCAUCCUUACAUCAUGAUUGUAACACGUCUUGGUGCAGGUACUGCAAACACGUCCAGUACGUCCUUACACUCACAGCUUAUGCGUUCUAGUUUGGGGCUGCGGAUGACCCACUGUAGGUAAUUGGUGCUAGCAUUCUGAUAGGUGCUCAUCUAUUCAGUCCAUUCCAGAGACCUUCACCCUUGAAUCCCUUCAGUCACACCAGAUGUAGCGUACAGUAGUGCAUCAAUACGAGAUUUGCAGUCUCGCUGUUUUAUUUUCCCAAAUGCACAUUCCACUUGAGGCACUGCAAGCAAAGCCGUCAUAACAGAUGUACAGUACAUAGACUACGACAUCUUCUUCUAUUGUGUCUUUUGUACAG